UAUAUAUGCUCUCCGAACUCUAUGGUAUUUAAUUCCCUGGUGUGUUUAAUACCAUUUUUAGUAUAUAUUACUUACCUCGUUUCACAUCGACAACUAAACGUAUUGUACUGGGAAUUUAAUUUACUUCUAACAUGUAUUUUUAUUUUCAUUUUAAUAUCAUUUCUUCACAUAUUUAUGUCAAUCUCAUGUGCGACCACUGUACAAAUAUCUCGUCCAAUUAUUUAUUUAUUACACUCAUAUUUACUCAAUCACGGUUUUGUUUGUUCCAGGUUCAAUUAUCUCGGCAAAAUGAAAUUUCGAUUUCUUGGUGAUGGAGACUGCCCCGACUGGUUACUUGCUCAGAUAAUCACCAUGUCUCGUAUGACUUCAAUAAAAAUGAAAUUAUUGGGAGCACUAGUCGUAAAAUCGAUACUUAGCAACGGUGAAAUUGACGAAGAUAAAAUAAAGAAGCUUACACAGGAUGCUAAAUUAGAUUGGGACGACGCAAUGUCCAUAGUAUCGGCCCUAGAAAUGAUAAUAACCUCUUCAGCGCGUUACGAAGUCAACGCGGAUGACCUUAGCAGCGAAUUGCAGCAACUAGGACUGCCCAAAGAACACAGUAUUGUUAUCGGGCGGCUGCAUACUGAUAAUUACAAUCAAAUUCACGAUCAUUUGUUGGCUCAAUCUUUACGCUUAAACGCGCUGUCCUCUAUAGACAUAGAGACUAAAAAAGACGAGACUAAAAAUUCCGUGAUGGUAACCAUGGGGUUAAAAAUAAAAAAAUUGGACGGUGAUGAUGAGAAAGUAUCCAUCAACAUUCCCAAAGACAAAUUGGCUGUUCUAAUCGAGGAGAUGAAGAAAGUACGCGGCAUUAUGGAGGAGAUGUGCAGCAUUAAAACAAUGUAA